CCGGGCCAAGUCCUCUCCGGCCUCAGAUGUCCAGUUCCAGAUGCCUGGUCUCAGAGUGGGGGAACUGUCUCUGGGGAAGCUCCACCACACAGGCGGCCCAGGCAACAUGCCUGGGGCCACACCAGUGUGGCACCAUCUGCCCUCUUCCACUCACAGGUGGUGGCUGCUCCUCUGGGGAGUCCUCCAGGCUUGCCCCACGCAGGGCUCCGUGCUCUUGGCCCAGCCGCUGCCCCAGAAGCUGACAUCCCCGGAGUACCCAGAGCCGUACGUCAAAGGCCAAGAGAGCUUUACAGACAUCGAGGCUCCGGAGGGCUUUGCCGUGAAGCUCAUCUUCCAGGACUUCGACCUGGAGCCGUCCCCGGACUGUGAGCAGGACUCUGUCACAAUCACAGCCAGUGGGAUGGAUCCAAGCCGGUUCUGUGGGCAGCAGGGCUCCCCGCUGGGCAGCCCCCCUGGUGAGAAGGCAUUUGUGUCCUUGGGGAACAGUUUGCGGCUGACCUUCCGUGCAUCGGCCUCCUCUGAAGACAGGCCGCCCAACCUCCACAAGGGCUUCUUGGCCCUCUACCAAGCCGUGGGUGUGAAUCCCAGUCAGCCCAUCAGCCAGGCCAGUGGGGGCCCCGAGGCCAUCAACACACCUGAAGGCAACCCCGCCAAGACCCAGAGCCACUGCAAGGAGCCCUAUUAUCAGCCCAUGGCAGCAGAGACUCUCACCUGCACCACCCAGGUGCCCUGGAAGCAGACACAGGAAAAGGAGGUGGUUCCUGGCUGUGUGCCUGUCUGCGGACGGCCCGUCACCCCCAUCGCCCAGAACCGGGAGCCCCUGGGUGCCUCCAAGGCGGCGCUGGGCAGCUUCCCCUGGCAGGCCUUCACCAGCAUCUACGGCCGUGGGGGCGGGGCCCUGCUGGGCGACAGGUGGAUCCUCACCGCCGCCCACACCAUCUACCCCAAGGACGGCAUCUUUCUGGGCAGGCGCCGGAGCGCGGAGGUGUUCCUGGGCCACACCGACAUUGACGAGAUGCUGAGGCUGGGCGGCUACCCCGUUCGCCGCGUGGUCGUGCAUCCUGACUACCGUCAGGACGAGCCGCGCAACUUCCAUGGGGACAUCGCCCUCCUGGAGCUCCAGCACCGUGUCCCCCUCGGCCCCAGCCUCCUUCCAGUCUGCCUGCCUGACCGCGAGGCCCUGUACCGCCCGGGCCUCUUGGGCUACGUCAGUGGCUUUGGCGUGGAGAUGGGCUGGCUGACGACUGAGCUGAAAUACUCGAGGCUGCCAGUGGCCCCGAGGGCGGCCUGCGAGGCCUGGCUCCGAGAGAAGGGGAGGACGGAGGUGUUCUCCGCUGGCAUGUUCUGCGCAGGGGACAGGAUGCGGCAGCAGAGUGUCUGCCAGGGGGACAGCGGGGGCGCCUAUGUAGUGUGGGAUGACCGCGCCCGUCACUGGGUGGCCACGGGCAUCGUGUCCUGGGGCAUCGGCUGUGGCGAGGGCUAUGGCUUCUACACCAAAGUGCUCAACUACGUCGACUGGAUCAGGAGAGUGAUGGAUGGGAAGGACUGAGCCUCGGGCGUGGGGAGGCGGCGGGGCAGGGGACGCCUAUUCAGGUCACUGCUGCAGCAAAGCACUGAGCUGGAGACAUCCUCCCCCUCCCACACCCCCUCCUCCCCCAACCCCACUUCCACCUUCCUGCCAGUUUGCGCCUGGGAAGACCUGUACCUGAACUCCACGUCGGCUGACACAACCUCUUCUGUACUCUCCUGAGAGACAGUCUCCUUCUCAUCCCCCUGUUUAGGUGCAAUGUGGGGAAGCAGUCUCAGUUCAUUUCAUUUCUGAGAUAUUCUGAAGCCCUUGUAGUCGACCUUCAAAUAUUCCAAACUCUUGGCUGCAUCCACUACCACGCAUCCUAGCGGCGAUGAUCUUAAUAGCGCUUUUGUUUGUUUUACAUCUUGUCUGCACUUCAUUGACUCCUCACACCAGCUUUGCAAAGUAGGAGUUUCCAGCCGCGCUUUACCCAUAAGGAAACCAAAGGAUUUUUGCAGCUCCACAGCUGGUACAGGGCUUCUUUGAAGGCCUGUGCUUUCAAGUUCGAUUCCAUCCCUCUCAGGGGUCCUCAAGACCCUGUGUCACCCACUCCUGAACCCCCAUAUCCUUUCAGAUUCUCCCUCCCCAGGAAUUCCUGCCUCCAGCUGGCUCACAUCCUGCUGGCCCCACUCCUGCAGACACCUGAGCUGGAGGUUUCUACAGGCACCCCCAGUGCUGCCAGACACCCCGGGCCAUGUUCUCAUCCUCAAGGACACUGCUCCACCUGAAAAGACCAAUGUUUACUUUUUUGUAAGGACUUGAGGUGACUUGUGGUAAAAGACAAAAAUAAAAUAUGGUUGUUCGAA